GAGGAGAGAGAGAGAGAGAGAGAGAGAGAGAAAAAAGAGUGAGGAAGAGAAAGAGGAGCAGGAUCAGGAUACCGUGCGAGAUCGAGCAUCGAAAUCAAAUCAGAUAUCAGUGAAAAGAAGAACUCGACAUAUCCGCGGAGCGCCGAGAAGAAAGAAGCUGCUGGACUUUCGGGGAAUCGCAAGCCGGCAAAGUGGUGCGACGAUCGGUGUCAUUGUCGUAGAAUCGUUAUUCCCUGCCACCCGGGUGACUUCACAGUCGUUACUUUCUUCUCUUUCGACCGCGAACCGACCCGAGUGCGCGCACGACGAUGAAACUGUCGAUCGGCGCGGCGAUACUGUGCGUUCUGGUCAUCGUGCUGCUGCCGGGAGCGACGUAUGCCAGACCUGCCGAUUGGCUACUCAGCCGGCAGAAACGACUGUCCGAUCAGAGACUCGCCGAGCUCGAGACACUGUUGGCGCUGCAGAGACUGAAGGGCAUCGUCGUCCCAGUGGGAUACGGAAAAGUCGACCCGGCUCUCCUAGGCCGCCGGCGAAGAUCCAUCCCGGAGGACGAUCUUCGAAAGCUGCAGCAUCUCCUACUGAUCGUCGGCCGAGACGCGGACUUGAGCGCGGACCAGUCCGAUCAAUUUCGUCCCUUACCUUGGAAGGAGGAUCCGCAGGAGGCGCAGAGGGACUAUCAGCUGAUUUAAUUCAGAAGCUCGACGGCGCUCGAGAAUGAGGCGAAAGUCAGGAAAGUGCGGCGAGAGAGAAACGGAGGAAAGACGGGGCGGGGUGAGAG